GUCACAGUGAAUAAGAGACUUCGAGUGAGCGGAAAACACUGCCAUGAGGCCCUUGUCUCACAUCAACCUUUUCGAAGUCAGCCUCCUCGUCUUGGCCCUCCGCGCUCUCUCCCUCGAUACGUCAUGCACAAAAGGAGAGACGUCAUGCAAUUCCACUGCCAUGAGUCUAAACGCCCUCUCUAUGGUAAGCAACGCUGUUCAGUCUCCUGUGCUCAGCAGUGACAUGGGCAGUUCAACUCAACGCCCCUGGAUCAUCAGUACCUCCACUACAACCGGCAUGACCUACGAAUGUUAUGAAGGAAGCUCCCCAUUCGCCGGCAUAGUGAUUAUCCCGGCUGGCGAGCUCACGGCCGAAGUCGGUAGACCGUACAACGUGACCUGUCUUAUAGAUCCGAAACUAGGUCUGCAGGCUGAGGAUGUGGAUUUCACGUGGAAUGGCUCACCUAUUCCGGAGGCGGAAAUCAGCGACAACCGCAUCGACGCCACCAUCUCUUCUGCAGAGCAAGGGAAGUACAACUUGGUGUGCCAGGGCGGUGAGAAGGUCUGUUGGAGAAGCUUACGUGUGGGCUACCCACCACUUGAUGUGGAGAAUCUAAUUUGCAUCUCGAGGAACUGGCAAGACCUUGAGUGCAGUUGGACGAUUCCUGAAAACGCUGCCCAUCCCGCCUCGGAGGACUACCGACCGUACUUCACAGACGGGUCACAUGGCGAUAAAUCCUGCGACCAGCCCUACGGGUGUCGGCCAGAAGAUGCCCACGAAUGCUGCAUUUGGACCAACGCCACGUAUUACCCGGCGGCGAAGGACAUCCAGAUAUAUUUUCUCACUCAGAAUCCUCUGGGAAGCGCUACCUUCAGACACAACUUUAGCAAUUUCGCAAUAGUGUUGCCAAAUCCCCCUGAGAAGGUGACAGCCGAGGAGAAGACUCCCCUGGGGAUCCAAGUGACGUGGCAAACUCCCUUCCCCUUGAAGGAAUUCCCACCGGGGCUGAUCUAUCGCAUAGAUUACAGGAUUUCGGAUGUCCAAGCGCCUCCUUUUUCGGCAAAGGUGGGUAACUACAGCAACAGCAGCAUCCGGGAGGAGGAGGUCGCCGUCGCGUACCCGGGGGUCGCCUACGAGUUCGAGGUGAGGCUUCGCUCGGGCGGCCGCCCCCCCGCCGCGCCUGACCUGUGGGAGGACGGGUGGUCGUCCGCCGUCGCCCGCGCCGCCGUCGAAACGCGUCCAGUGGCACCCUGGACAACCCCUGAAGUGGGACUCGGGACGUAUCAGGUCAAGGUCGAGGAGCUGGUGGUGAUGUGGCGCCCUCUGCCCCGCCUCCUGCACAACGGUCCUGGCCUGCGCUAUGUGGUCACCUGUGCUGAUCUAAGCAACAACAGUAUAGCCAACAAAACUGUGACAGAGCCAAGUGCGACCUUCACAAACCUGUAUCCGGAUCGGCCAUACAGGGUCACGAUUCAGGCCCAGAAUGACUUGGGUCCAAGUAACGUGACGUCAGAGGUAGUCGUCGGGACGGAACUGCCAGCCGCCCCCCUCCUGCCGGUGGUCGUCUACCACCAGGAGCAAGAUCACUAUGAACUCAGGUGGCGUGAGGAGGAAGGCCUUUCCUACACUGUGUAUGUUUGCACAAACCAAAGCCUGCGCGAACAGCCUUGCCAGGGCGAUCUGGGCUGGAUAAACGUAGGGAACGUGUCAGCCGUGAACGUGACUCUGCAGGAGAUGAACGUCAACCUGACCACGACCAAGGUUCACUUCGCGCUGUCAGCCGAGACCCCGGAUAACGUGUCCAGCGGCAUGGCCUGGGACAGCUGCUUCGCCCCGGAACACUAUAACACGCUGCGAACUCCGCCUUCCAUACAGGCAACAAAUCCGAAAUCAAGCAGCGUAGAAGUGUUGUGGACGAUCGGGUGUUACGGCCGCGCAGGAAUCAUUGAGGAACUAGAGGCUAUUUGUUAUCAAGAUUAUGAUUUAACUCAGUGUACAGAGGACGAGCCAUGCAGAACGAACCAGAGAGACGUCGACUCAGGAAGGGUGGUCUUUGAGAACCUUCAGCCUUCAACAAACUACACGGUCCGUCUCCGUCUCCUCUACCGCAGUGGGCUGUCAGAGUGGUCGGUUCCUAUGCCUUUCACUACUGAAGAGCCUCAACAUUGCAACGAUCGCCAGCGGAAGCAUCCUGGCGCUGGUCGUGGGCGCCGUGGGCGGCAGGUUCGUCGUCAGAAAAAUUGUCAUGACCCACAAGAAUUUGUCCCGGCCUAUCAUGCUGCCUCGAGAGCAAAAUAGUGAGGAGGAAGACAUGCCUAAACCACAGGUUUCAAAUUACCAGAGGAAGAAUAUUACUGCAAUUCUCAGAUCCUUAGACGAAGCGAAUGGGAAAUACCCUCAGGAUGAAGACCUGGUCGCUGUCGAUAGCUACGAAGACCUAUCCAGAAUUAACAAGACGAAGGUGAAUGUUAUACGUAAUGACGGAGUAUCAAAGCAGACUGAACAUUGUAAAGCUGAUAACAUCCGAGAUGCAGCAGUGCCAGACUCACCAAAUCACGCAUAUGUGAGGCUCUCGGGCUACUUGGAGGAUUUCGUUACGGAGACCGAAUACAACAAAGGUCACGACGGUUUACAUGCUUAUGACAGGCAAUCUGCGAAUAAUGCUGGAGCAAUGACGAGUGGGUACGUAUUUGUGAAUGACCCAUCAUUCAACCAACGUGUGAAACCGAUUUCGUCACAAGCUACUAGUGAGGACGAGGAAGCGAAGGGAGACCAUCCCUUGGUGACCGGUAGCAGUGGGUACGUGCAGUGUUCAGUGACAGUGGAUCACACUACUGUAGAAAUGCAAGACAUCCACUUUGUCCCUCCUUUAGGAAAUGCUCAGCGCACUCAGAUCGG